AUAUUUAAUAUUUUAUUUUCCUGGCAGUUGAUUGGUGGCCUGAUCUUGGCUGUUGGUAUCUAUGCAGAGAUUGCCAAAUCUGAUUAUGAGGCGGUUUCGGAUUUAUUGGCCAGCCCUACUAUUUUCCUGAUUAUUAUAGGUGCAUGUAUGUUUAUAAUGGGUUUUAUCGGUUUGACAGGAGCAAUCAGAGAGAACAUCACGCUCCUUAGAAUCUAUGGUGGUGUGAUUCUUUUUAUUUUCCUACUAGAAAUCAUGGCUGGCAUUACAGCAUUAGUAUUCAAAGGAUAUGUGAAAGAUCUGGCUGCAGGCCAGCUACAAAGUGCCAUAGAAUUUUAUUAUGAUGAUCCUGACUUGCAGAACGGUAUUGACGCCUUGCAACUCAAUCUUCGUUGCUGCGGUGGAUAUGAUUUCAAUGAUUGGGAGCAGAAUAAGUACUUUGAGUGUGAUGCCCCGGGUAGAUCUGCUUGUGGUGUUCCAUAUUCAUGUUGUGAAUCCACUGUGAGAGAUGAGGUGAUUAAUUCACAGUGCGGGUACGACACUCGUAAAUACGAACGACUAGAACUUGUUGAUGUGAUAUUCAUCCGAGGUUGUGCUGAUGCUUUUGUCGUCUGGUGCUCAGAUAAUCUAAACAUCAUGGCUGGAAUUGUGUUAGGAAUUGCUAUUCCACAGCUCAUUGGUAUAAUAUUGGUAUUUUUAUUCAUCGAUAAAAUAAAGGAAAAAAGGGAUUAUUAUUUGUAUUCCAAACCCAGCAGGACUUAGUUAACCACUAUGUAGAACGGUAUGAAGUACGGUAUUAUGUCACAAUUUUGUUGACCUAACAAUGAUCAUUUUGGGGUGAUAGAACAUGUGUUACCAUGGAAACAUAACAACAUUAGACAACAUAUGCAGAUGAUAAACAUUUCACCCCAACUGCAUUGUUUUGUUUUUUUAAUGAUUUGUUGAGAAUAACACCCAUUACUGUGUGUUUUAAGUCAUAAAACCACUGUAGAUGUGUACAAGUGUUUUUUUAAUCAAAUAAGUACAAUGCAAAGGCAACAUAUUUGCACAAUGUUAUUCAUUUAUUGUAAGAAGAUUUAUUGAGAACUUUUAGUAUCUCAAGUUACUGUAUUUGCUCUAUUAGUAGCACAGUAAAAAAAAAAAUAUUUUAAUGAUUCAGUAAACCGGGAAUGUGAUUUGGGUUAAUAUACGCUUCUAUUGGAAAUAUGCGUUAAUAGGGAAAAUACGGUAGUGGUUAUUUUGGAACCAAAACUUUUUAUUUCUGGAAUUUUUGGAUUGGUAAUCAUUUAUAAAAUUGGUAUAAAAGUUUACCAUGGUACUCUCUGAUGCAUGGCAUUUAUGCAGCUAAUUUUAAAUGUCAUGACAAUAACUACUAGAUAAAUAAUAUGGCAUUCACAUUGAAUCCUCACUGUAAUUAAUUACAAAUAUGAAAUUUUCGUUUGCAUUUCCAAAAAUAUGCUUGUUGUUCAGUACAUUACGGUAUAUAUCACUUGUUACAAGACAAACAAAUGUUUUUACUUACAGUUUUGAAUUUUUAUUAACAAUUUUGAUAAAUAUUUCUCUGUAUAGAAUACCAGCAAUAAUUACAUCUAUUUCUUAAUAUUUUUAUAAUUCUAAAUAUCUCGUUUAAUGUGAAAAUAAAUCUUCAAUCAACCAAAAUAAAUUAAUAAAAAACUUAGUUAUA